CAGCGUGUUGCUGGAGCAUCAGUGCUUUACAAAUAACUGUCCUAAAAUAGGAAAUGAUGUAUUCAGACUAAACCAAGUCGAAAAGAGACAAUUGUUAUAUUUUGAAAAAAUCCGUUCGUAUCCAUACUGUGUGAUGCGUAUUAUUCCUUCCUUGGUAACUGGCAAGGAGGUGUUCGUUAUUUAUGACAGUCUUUUCAGAAUGUGCAUCCCAUCCGCUGUUAGAAAGCGGUUUGUCGCCCGUUCUCGUCACUGUACUGGUAUCAUGUAACCUCUAUCUGGAGCGGACCUUGGCGGACCGGUUCUACAAGCAUGUCCCCCUAAGCCGCCUCUGUUGGAUCCCUGAAGUUCCCGAGCCGCAAUACUUCUCCCCUCCUCCCCAAGUAGCUGCAAGUCGCUUCAAGGGGGAUGGGAGCGGGACGUCCUCGGAAUGCGUUAGAGGUUUUGUUGCAUGCAGUCUCAGCUCUUGGCUAUUAAUACGUUUUCUUUUUUUGCUGUCAUGCCAUUGAUGCCGACUAAGUGGUGAAUUUGCAGAACCGACUCAGGCGAGUGUCGUUCCCCGAGUCGUCGCGAGAGACGGAAGCGGCUGCGGGGCUUUUUCCUCUCUUCUCCCCCUCCCCUGGUAGUGUAUGGGGUUGGGGCUGCAGUGCGCGGUUGCGCUGCGAGUCUCGGGGCUGCUAUCUCGGCCGAGACCGCUCCCCUUUUGAGCCACCGGCCCAGACGCGGCUGCCUGCUUGGCUGGCACCCGUGCAUCUCCCGCUGAUCCCCUCUUCCAAGCUCGGCUCGGCUCGGCUGCUCUGUACCGGCUACGGAGAGACGCGGGCGAUCAGCCCUGUGGCCUGUUUCCUAAGCAGAAGGUUGCCUGAAUUCAGAAAUGAAAGUGCAGAGGAGCAUUUUGAGAAUCGUCACAUCCUCCUUUUACACUUCUGCCUUGGUGUGACAUGGAGGGCCCAGUCUAGUGUCAGAACUCACCACCCCCUUCCACAACACACCUCCUGCCAGUCCUCCUACCCUGCUCCAUUCCAUUUAACUUUACUGGCUGUCAGACCACUUUGUUGAUGGACUCUUUCAUUGAAAGCAUCGUACAGGACUGAGCACGGCCUCACGGUGGAUUCCCAGUGCCCUGCCGGAGGGUAGGCUCCCGAUGACCAGCCACCGUGGCCCCAGUGCCCGGGCAGGCUGGGCUGGGGGAUGGGGACCGGACCCCAGGGGUGGUUCCUGGCUCCUGGGCAAGCUAACCCGGCUGCCGGCCCCGCCCCUGUCCCGUGCCCAGCUGAAGAGGCUGGAGGAGCACCGGUACAGCAGUGCGGGGCACUCCCUGCUGGAGCCCCUCAUGCAGCACUACUGGGAGUGGCUGGUGGGCCGGGUCCCUGCAUGGGUCGCCCCCAACCUCAUCACCAUCGUGGGCCUGCUCACCAACAUCGCCACCACCCUGGUCCUGGUCUGCUACUGUCCCACUGCCACUGAGCAGGCACCUCAGUGGACAUACUUAUUAUGUGCAGGGGGCCUUUUCAUCUACCAAUCGUUGGACGCCAUUGAUGGGAAGCAGGCCCGGCGUACUGGCAGCAGCUCUCCACUGGGGGAGCUCUUUGACCAUGGCUGUGACUCCCUGUCCACAGUGUUUGUGGUCCUUGGCACCUGUCUCGCUCUCCGACUGGGGACCCACCCGGACUGGAUGUUCUUCUGUUGCUUUGCUGGCAUGUUCCUCUUCUACUGUGCCCACUGGCAGACCUAUGUCUCUGGGGUCCUGCGCUUUGGCCUAAUUGACGUGACUGAGGUGCAGGUCCUCAUCAUUGUCAUGCACCUUCUGGCUGCGAUUGGUGGACAUGCUUUCUGGCAAGCUCCGAUUCCCGUGGUAAACAUCCCAAUGAAGAUCGUGCCGGCCCUCUGCACCGUGGCGGGCUCCAUCCUCACCUGCGCAAGCUAUUUUCGCGUCAUCUUCACCGGCGGCGUUGGGAAAAAUGGCUCCACUAUUGCAGGCACGAGUGUCCUUUCCCCGAUCCUUCACAUUGGCUCCGUCAUCAUGCUGGCUGUGAUGAUCCAUAAGAAAUCGUCGGUCCGACUGUUUGAGAAGCACCCCUGUCUGUACGUGCUGGCGUUUGGCUUUGCAUCUGCCAAGAUCACAAACAAGCUGGUGGUGGCCCACAUGACUAAGAGCGAGAUGCAUCUCCAUGACGUGGCUCUGCUGGGUCCGGGCCUGCUCUUCCUGGAUCAGUACUUCAGCAGUUUCAUUGACGAAUAUUUGGUCCUUUGGGUUGCUCUGGUCCUCUCAGGCUUUGAUCUGGCACGGUACUGCGUCAGUGUCUGCAAUCAGAUCGCAUCCCACCUGAACAUUUCUGUGUUCAGGAUUAGGCCCCGGACCCCUCAGUGCUCACAGCUGAUCGCUGCUUCCCGUUCGUGACUGUAACCUUCCCCUGCCCCCCAUCAGGGGCAAACUCUCUUAUUUCCAGGGAGAAGAAAACCAGUACAGAGGUAUUACUGGAGGAAGUCCCGACUUCCACAGCAAAAGUCAGCAGAUGAAUAUCAUGUUGCUUUAGCUCGUCUGACCAGUUGUAUUUUUUUUAUGUAGCCAUACAGUCAAGCACCAGUGCAAAAUCCAUUCCAAAUAUCAGUUUCUCAUGUCUUAUGCACUGGUGCAUGUUUUGCAUGACACACAUUAAACGCGUCUCCAAACACCUAAAUACAGUAGGUGGUUUGAACAAGGUCUUAAAAACACAAGUCAUGACUUUCAAGGUUGUUUCUCAUUUAUUUGGGUAUUAAAAUACAGUUAAUUUUAGAUUCCUGUCUGUUUAGGUGUCUUUCCAUCAGGGUUACUGAAUUUUAGGGAAAUAACCGCCCCCCGCCCCCCACAUACACACACACACACACACACACACACACACAAAGAACUGACACACCAGCGACAGUUCAAUAUGGGUAGCUUAGUUUGUCAGUUUGUACAAGAAUAUGCUUUGUGUGUCUUACCUGGGUAGAAAACCUUCUGGACCAAAACCUCAGUAAACCUUUUCGCCAAGACAAACUCAAGGACCUGCACAAGAAAGGCAUGUAAAAUGGUACUCAGUUUCAAUUAGUGUCAAUACCGAUGUUGCUAGAUGUGUUUUACUUCAAACAACCAGCUUCAGGAUACGUGAGAACCAAUUUGAAUCUGUUGUAUGUGAAGUUUCCUUAUGGAAGGUGAUUCACUGUUGAUUUCCGUGAGCAGGUUUGCCGAAUAUAGCCUAUUGAUGAUCAGUAUUAACAGCUCGAGACCCACUUAAGUUUUCAGUGUUUUAACACUACCCAAAUACGUUUUGUCCUUAUGUGUUUCUGAUGUUAACAAGACAUCUAAUCCGGUUUAAAAUUGAAGGCUCGUCUUAAAUGCCUUUUCAUGGAAAAUGAACUGGUUAUUUGUUGAAUCUAACGUAAAGUGUUGCUGUGUUAAUGUUAAAUUACCUUUUUCGAGUCAGCUGUUACUGUCCAGUAGUUUUUCUACAAGAAAACUGCCUUAACGUUGAUACUGAAUUUGAAAUCUUGUUUAAUACCACAGUUGUACUACCUUUUGCAUGUGUUUACAGAAAUGUUCACUGACAGAACGGCUGAAGGCCGCGUUUUGGCACAAACUAGUUUAUUGUAAGAUACAUACUCCCUUCUACCUUGGCUUUGGUUUCCACAGUUAUUUUAUUAUUUUGAGUAAUAAGAACAACUAAUUGUCAUUCAGGGUGUAAUUAAUUUGUCUGUCUCGCUCAUCCUUAAAUUCACAGCCGGAAACGUGCUUUGACAUUACAAGAAUGAUGAAUACUCGUUAUUUUGCACAAACUUCUGCUUCAACUCCAUCUACCAUUUUUUGUCUUUGGAAAGCUGUUAAAAUAUUUUGUUAACGUACAAUGCAAUGAGAACAUGUUUCCAAUGACAUAACGUAUGAAUGUUCUACCAUUUCGCGUUUGUGUGCAUAAUAUACUGAGGAAAUAUAUUAAACGUACUUAACGUGCGGCAAAAAAAUAACAGCUGGUUUUGGUUCCUCUGACUGCAGACGUAAAACGUCAUUUGGGGAAAAAAAUGCAUAUUUUUUCUUGCUUUUAUCUUCUAAAACUGUUUCUGUGUACGGUUUUGAAAACGUUUUUAAAUUUUAGUGUAAACUUUCUAUUUAGAAACAUUUAAUUAUUAAAGUUGUAUGUAAAACUA